UUUAUAGAAAAACCAAGGAGAAGCUGUUAGAGCAAAAAUCCAUGCUAUCUUGUAUAUAUUACGUGGAUUAUAUUGCUAUAACUACGCUAUAGUCAUAAAGAGUCAGCCUUUCUUCUAAAAGCGCAUACAUCUAUAUCGCUGAAUUUAGGCAUGAGCGUCGACGUUUUAGGUCUGUAUGGACUACUCUAUGAAUACGGGGUAUACUAGCUAUUUACCCCUCCUACUUAGCUUCCUAGGAACCAUACAGAUGGCAUCAUUUUGCUAAUAAUACCUCACUAUCAAGCUUUCCUGCCUUGAGUAUGUAUACGCUUCUCAACGAGGAGCGACGCUGCUAACCCUCUCGCAUCAUUAACAGAAUCUACAACAUGGAUGCCAUAGGUAUCAUUUCAGGGAUCAUGCAAAUUGUUACAAAUGUUUACAGCGUGUCAAAAGGACUAUAUGAGUUUAUUGAAGGCAUCAAGAACGCUCCACGACAUGUCCUUGCCAUUUCUCAAGAUGUCCGAGGCUUAUAUCUUGUGCUUGGAUCACUUCAAGGUCUUCUGGCAUGUCUUCACCAAGAUAGCCUUCCUUCUAACGUUCUACCAAUGCUUGAGAGUCUUCAACAACCGCUGGAUCAUUGCCUCUUUGCAUUUCGACAAUUGCAGCAAAAGGUUGGCAGGUACACUAAGCCAGCAAGUGACGGACAAGUAAGAAUGAGGAAAUGGACAGCGUUCCGGUGGCAGUUUACAGAAAAGGAAGCGGACGUUUGGAGGGAACAUCUGAUCUCAUAUAAAUUGACAUUAGAUGUCGCGAUUGCGACGGCAAAUCUUGCCAACACAUCCCAGAAUCUGUAUGUAACGCAAACUAUCGAGCAACAAAUGCAGGCUAUGCGGGUUCAAAUUGAUAAAAUGAGACAAGACAAUGCUGCAUCUGAUACAGUGCGCAGCGUUGAACCAGAGACUGGAUUCCAAAUCACAGAUCGGCUUUUUGCGUUGAACAGAUUUCUGGAGGAAACCGAGACGGCUUUUUCUGGAUCUCCCCCGCCGAGCCCGUCAUUAAGUCCUGAUACGUCUCUUGUUAUUGAGGAAAAGAUGGCAAUACUGCCAUCAAAGCAGAAUACUACAGAUAGCUCUUUAUAUGGCGAGCUGGUGAUGCGUAAAACAUUGGAAGGCCAUACCGGCUGGGUUUGGGAUGUAGCUCUAUCCCAAGAAAGUGCCAUCCUGGCGUCUGUCUCCAAUGACAUGACAACCAGACUUUGGGAUAUUACGACGGGCUCAAUAUCCAAGAAGCUUGAGGGCCAUUCUGACUCGGUGAAAGCUGUGGCGUUCUCUCCAGAAGGAAAGCUGGUGGCAUCAGCUUCUGAUGACAUGACAGUCAGGCUUUGGGAUACUACCAAAAACAGCUGCAAGAUUUUUGAAGGCCAUUCUGACUGGGUCAGAGCGGUGGCAUUCUCCCCAGAUGGCAAACUGGUGGUGUCCGCCUCAAAGGACACAACAAUCAGAUUCUGGGAUGUCUCUACGGGCUCUACCUGCAGAAUAAUUGAAAGCGAUUCGGGCUGGGUGAGGGCGUUGGCAUUCUCUCCAGAUGGCAAACUAUUGGUUUCUGCCUCUGACGACAUGACAGUCAGGCUCUGGGAUGCGUCCACAGGGACGAUUUGCAGAAUCCUUGAAGGCCAUUCUGACCGGGUAAGGGCUGUGGUGUUCUCUCCAGAUGGCAAACUGGUAGCAUCUGCCUCUAAGGAUAUGACAAUCAGACUAUGGAACGUCGCCACGGGCUCCACGUACAGAAUCCUUGAGGGUCAUUCUGGUUGGGUAAGGACGGUGAUAUUCUCUCCAGACGGUAACACGAUAGCGUCUUCUUCAGAUGAUAUGACAGUCAGGCUCUGGGACGCAACUAUGGGCUCUAUUCGUAGGAUAUUAAAAGGCCACUCUGGUUGGGUAAGGGAAGUAGCGUUCUCGCCGGAUGGGAGACUAGUUGUAUCUACUUCUGAUGACAUAACAGUCAGACUAUGGGAAAUGAUUUUAUGAACCGCCUUACAGUGCUUCAAGACAUCUGUCGUGUUCUGAGGCUUCGGUUGCCGUUUUUAGUGUUAGAAGUUACGUGUAGUCGCUUGAACCUGGUUCAGUAUUCAUCGCAG